GGAUUUACUAUGAGUUAAAUUCACAAGACAGAAUGAAAGAGAGCAGGAGUUUCUGCCAGAAAGAUGUGUGCCAAAAUUCUUCACUCCAAUCCCACAGUCAUGUAUGCUGACAUCUCCCUAAGGAAUAAACAGAGACUAUAAGAAGGAAAGCAGACCUUUUUAAGCUAUUGCUGUAGUACAAGGAGAGGAAAAAACAUUUUGGACCCCGGAGGACAUAUUUUAUUGUGAUAAGUAAUGAGCUGUUGCAGGCCAAAAGCUGGAUAUCUUCUGCCAUCCACAAAGUAAAAUAUUCUAUUUUAGUCAUCAUCAAUGAAAAAAUAAAGACUAUGUCUGAAAACCUAACCAGCAACUUAACUUCUACAUCAUCAUGCAUCAAUAAUACAAUCGCAGGCUAUCAGAUGGAUUUGCUUCCAGUAUUUUACUCCUUCAUUUGUAUUUUUGGUUUUAUAGGUAAUAGUAUAGUCAUUGCAGUCCUGUGUCUCCAGAAAAAUUUGAAAACCGUGGCUAACAUCUAUAUGGUAAAUCUAGCCACAGCUGACCUGCUAUUCCUCAUAACAUUGCCUUUCUGGGCCACAUAUUAUGCAUUUGGUUUAAAAUGGAUGUUUGGCACAGUGAUGUGCAAAGUUUCAAGUUCCCUUUUAACUUUGAAUUUAUUUGCAAGCAUCUUCUUCAUCACUUGUAUGAGCAUAGACCGUUAUAUGGCAAUUGUACAUCCUCUACGUUCACAAAGGAGAACAUUAACCCAGGCCACCAUUGUGGCAAUAUGUGUUUGGGCUUUGGCCAUCAUGGCCACUCUUCCUACAUUCCAUUUUCGGAACACAUACUACCUUGAGAACCUUGAUGUUCACGCAUGCAUAAUGGACUAUCCAAAAAAGAAUUAUUCAAGCUGGUGUGUGGCCAUGUCCUUGGUAAAGAUUACUUUUGGGUUCUGUAUGCCAGUAACAGUCAUCGUCACCUGCUACUUAAAGAUUGGAUUGCAUUUCAAAAACUCUAAAGAGCCUAUACUCAACAAACAAAGCAGAGACCGGGUCCUCAAAAUUGUCACAGCAAUUGUUGUCUGUUUCUUAGUUUGUUGGCUUCCAUUCUAUGUAUUGACUUUCCUUGAUGUCCUAACAAGAAUGGAGGUUAUUAAGGACUGCAAGACAGAGACCCUUGUUGAAGCAGCUUUGCCAAUAAGUAUUUGCCUUGCCUUUUCAAACAGUUGCAUUAAUCCUUUGUUGUACUGCUUUGUUGGGAACCAGUUUCGAGAGAAUUUUAGACAUGUGAUAAGCAGUAUCAAACUUUUACAAAGCACAAACAGCCAACACAGCUCACUCAGAAAGGGAAGUGACUUAAGAGAAAUGGAAUCAAAUGGCCAAGGGGCAAUCCACCAGUAUGACCAAAUUGGAUAAUAUAUUAUGAUGUGUCAGUAGGUUUUACUCAUACCGUGUAAAUAUAUACAUUGUGCUAACCAUAGUGGUAUUAUUCAUUAAUUAAUGAAUGAAAUGAGCACAAGCAUGCAAAAAAAAAAACUCAUGAGUUUGGGUGCAGUGAAAUCAGGGUAAUUCAGUACAGAAUAGGAGCCCGUACAACUGUAAGACUGAAGGUGAGAGAGGAGUUCUGCCUUAAUACAGUUUGCAAUUAACACAGAAAAAGAGUCACUUUAGAUUCCUUCAAACCAAAACUUUGAUUUACAUUUUGGAUAGGGUGGGGAAGAGCUAGAACCCCUAUCAAGUUUUGUAUUGUUGUCUGGUUUCUUUGAGGAUAAUAAUGACAAUAAAUAGCUGUAUGGGGCUUUAGUCUUCUACUCUCUACUUCUUUCAUGUCCUACCAUUGUCAUUGUGAUAAAACGUGAGGAAGCUUCCAAGUGGAGCAACAAAUAACAGCAUAGACAAAUAUAAGAACUGUUCCCCACUCAGUGAAAAGCUUAAAAAACUAAAAUUGACCGAAGAUUUACAUUCAGUUGGAUCUAAGGCAAUUUUUUCUGUUUUGGAUAGAGAAUGGAAGGUUUAUAAUCCAUGUUAAUUUUUUCCUGCUCAUAAGACUUACAGACCAUUGUCACCUGUAUUGAAAGUAAGGGAGCAUCUAAAAUUCUGUGUUGUUACUGGGUCAGAAAUAGAGGUGCAUUUUUAUACUGUACACUGUGGUUUCCUGAAUAAAAACAAUAUUUUAGAGCAUAAGCGGUUGUGCGGAUCAUCUUUAUGGACUAUUAUGCCUCGUACACAUGUACGGGUUUCCCAUCGGGAAAACUGUCAUGGGAGCUUUUGGCCGGGAAUCCU